AAUCUUAGUUCCUGACUGACACCGCUCAGAGAAAGACGUUACUGAAAUUAGCUGAUAGUGAAGGGAUUCUAAAAACCAGACCAGAUCAGUGUUCAAAGUCUAUAACGAUGUCGCGUGUGACGUACUGCUCAAGCUACUACUUAGGACUUCCACUGAUGCUGUUGUUGUGGGGUUUUACCAGCUGUGUCCCGUCGAAUUACCCAGCUGUGUCACCUUGUCCUGCAUUGUUUUCCUACAAGCACGACACCAACCGAUCCGAGUAUUAUGGAUUCGUCAACUUGGAGAGACAACCGGUCUCGAAUAUUGCCGAGGUGGAAAUAUCGUUCUCAAUAGCAGCCCAGCUACCGUCGAAAUACAUUGGAUUCAUUCAAACGAUCGGCGACAAUCACCAGUUGAUCAAUCAAAUCUCCAAGGGAUACGGCGUCAGUUAUCGAGUUAACCUUCCGAUUCAGGAUCCACUUCCUCGGCUAACCAAGCUGACCCUGAACGGACGCCUACUAUGCCAGGGACCCUCGGAGAAGGGAAACUUUGUUACGGAAGUGAACCUAAGACAUUAUCUGCGAGCCGAUGCACAUGCAAACCACCACGAAAGUAAGAACGGUAUAACUCGGCCAAGUCAACAGCCAACGCUACCGCCUCCGGUUCCGUCGCCAGUGGAAUCUUCGGACGACGUUAAACUGAUCGACCACCGGGAACAGCACCAUACCGUAGAACGAACCGAACAUGAAAUCAGUCCCAUGAAAAACACCACCACAUACAAAUACGUUACACAGGUUGUAACCUACAAUGAAUACGAAUCGAAACCGAUGUUCCAGAAGACGACACACUACUCCGUCAACACGACGACUCGGGAGGCAGUCUAGUGAAUUGAGGUUGAUCAUCUUAAAUUCGAUUUUUGUAACAUUAAGCAUAAUAAUAUACAUUUUAUUGAAA